UGUCAGUGUCUGCAUGUGCCCUGCCACCAGUUCAGCGUGCAGUCCGCCUUUCGCCCCAAAUCAGCUGGGAUAGGCUCCUGCGACCCUGAACAGGAUGAGCGGUAUUGAGAAUGGAUGGCUGGAUAAUAUAUCUCAAUACUUGUUUGUCUUUUUUAACUACAUUUCCGUUGUCGGUGCUGUCGAGAAGAGCCUCUCUUUUAAAGGGCCGACCUCCAUUCCGACGACGGCUGCCUACUGGGUUUUACUUUCAUUUGAUCUCAACUGAUCAGUGUGAACAGGAAGUGGCUACACACACACACAGAUCGCUCUCGUCUACCCGACUUGCCGAGAUGUCAGAUCUGGCCCUGCACGGUUACCAGAAGGAGGUGGCCCAGAGGGCGCUUCGUGGGGAGAACAUUAUCGUGUGGCUGCCCACGGGAGCGGGGAAGACAAGAGUCGCCGUCUACGUGGCCCAGAAGCACCUGCAGAAGACGACCGGGGCCAAAGUGGUGGUCCUGGUCACCACGGUGCACCUGGUGCAGCAGCACUACAGCAAGGAGUUCUCCCCCUGCCUGGGCCGCGACCACACCGUGACGGCGGUGAGCAGCGACAGCGAGGAGAAGGACUUCCUCGGUAAGGUGCUGCGCGACACGGACGUACUCGUGUGCACGGCGCAGAUCCUUUUGAACGCACUCAGCAGCGACGAGGAAACCAAGCACGUGGAUCUCUCAGACAUCACGCUGCUGGUGGUGGACGAGUGUCAUCACACGCGCAAGGAGACGGUGUACAACAAGAUCAUGAGGCUCUACCUGGAGAAGAAGAUGAGCGGCGACGGACAGCUGCCGCAGGUCCUCGGCCUCACGGCGUCGCCGGGAACGGGAGGCGCCAAAAAUCUGGAAAAGGCUGUGCAGCAUAUACUGCAGAUCUGCGCCAACUUGGACUGUGCCAUCGUUUCCACCAAAAACUUCACUGAGGAGCUCAACACUAAAGUCCCCAGACCCCUCAAAACCUUUGACAUUGUGGAGAAAAGAAAGGAAGAUCCGUUUGGUGAUCACGUGCAGCGGAUGAUGCGUCGCAUCCACCGCUUCAUGGAGCCUCCUGUCGACUUCACGCACCGAGAGUUUGGCACCCAGGAGUACGAGAACAAUGUGGUCACACUGCAGAAGAGAGGUGUGAAGGAGUGCAACAGGCGACUGCAACAAUGCGCCAUCCAUCUGCGCGAGUACAACGACGCGCUGCUGGUCAACGACACGUUGCAGAUGGAGGACGCGUUGUAUUCUCUGGAGGACUUCUACAGUGGCAGAGAGACAACCGUAUUCGAUGACACUGAUCGCUUUCUGGUAGAUCUUUUCGAAGAGAACCAAAACAAGCUGAGGAUGCUGGCGCGUGACGUGCUUUUUGAAAACCCCAAGAUGGCGCAGCUGAAGACCACCCUGCUGAGACACUUCAGUCCCAACGUGCAGUCCAGAGGAAUCGUCUUCAGCAAGACCCGCAAGAGCACGCGCUGCCUACACCGAUGGGCGUUCAACAACCACGAUCUGCGCUUAGCCGGCGUCAAGCCCGCCGUCAUAAUGGGCAGCACCGCCAUGACACAGCAAGAUCGUGACGACACCAUCAGCAACUUCCGCCUGGGCUCUGUCAACCUCCUGAUCACCACCAGCGUGGCCGAAGAGGGCCUAGACAUCCCCCAAUGCAACCUGGUGGUGCGCUACGGCCUGCUGACCAACGAGAUCGCCCAGCAGCAGGCCAGCGGUCGCGCCCGGGCCCAAGACAGCCACUACUCACUAAUCGCCCAGCGCGGCGGGCGCGAGGAACGACGGGAGUGCCUCAAUACUUACCUGGAGGGGCUCACCGCCAGUGCUGUGGAUAGAAUCCACCAGAUGAGCCCACAAGAGUGCAGGACCAAGACAGCCGAGCUUCAGGAGGAGGCGGCCGCUUCCAGCCGGGAGGCGGCGAUCCACAUGUCGGAGAAGCGCAGCCGCUACUCGGCCGACAGCAUCCAGCUGCUGUGCUCCAACUGCUUGACGCCCGUGAUGCGAGGCAGCGACAUCCAGCUGGUUGAGAAAAUGCAUUAUGUCAACGUCAACCCACAAUUCAAGAGUCACUACAACAAGGGUGAUGUGGUCAUUUUAGACAAGACUUUUGAGGACUGGGUGCCAGGCUGCACCAUCAAGUGCAACAAAGACAACUGCAACAAGCGGUGGGGCUAUGAGGUGAAGUACCGCAAGGUGGCGCUGCUGCCAAACGUGGCCAUCAGUCACUUCGCGCUUCAGACGCCCGACGGCAGGACCAUGGUGAGGAAGUGGAAGGACGUCCCGUUCAGCGUGGACCACUUCAGCUUCAGCGAAUACUGCCGCCUACACUACCGAGACGUCGUGGACUAACAAGCUAAUGCUAAUGCUUACUGCUUGUUAAUGAGUUUGUUUACAACUGUUGUUGUAUUGUACACAAGAACUUGUCCUGUGCUGGGUCUUCAAUUUUUUUUUAAAUUAUUAUUUUUUUACUCUUUUAAUGAACUGUAGUACAGUAUUUCUAAUUACCUUAAUUGUAAAUUAAUUUUAAUUGUAUUUAUAUGCAUUUUAUCGCAUGCUAUGUCAUGUAUUCUGCAAAAAAUAAAACCUUUUUUGCCUUCA